AUGAUAGAUGAGAAUAUUAGGAGACUUGAGAGUGGCGAAUCUUUUUCUCAACUAGAUAAGGAUGUAAUUGAGAUUAUUAAGAAGACUAUAGAUGCAAUCUCUCCAAAAAAAGUUAUUGUUAGAAUUGCAGGUGGCUGGGUUCGUGAUAAAAUAAUGGGAAGAGAGAAUGAUGAUAUUGAUAUUGCGAUAUCUGGUGCCACGUGUAAUGAAUUCUCUGAUGCCAUGGUUUCUGUUCUAGGUCCAAACACGAAAAGGGUUUUGUUAGAAGCCAAUCAUGAGCAAUUAAAACAUAUUGACACAGCAAGAGUAUGCUUAUUCCAUGAUUUUUGGCUUGAUAUUUGUUCAUUAAGAUCAGCAUUGUAUUCAGAAGGAGAGAAGUUAGAAGGAACUGCUGUUUCAGCUGCAUUGCAUAGAGACUUUUCAAUGAACGCAAUAUUUUUCAAUGUGCAAACAAUGAAAAUUGAAGAUUAUGUAAAUGGAGUUCAAAGUAUAAAGGAUAAGAUUAUUAGAACGCCUAUUCCUGCUAUGCAAGACUUCACUGAUGAUCCAAAUCGAAUUAUUAGAUGUUUUCGCUUUGUUGCAAAGUAUGAUUUCAAAAUUGAUCCACAAAUAUAUGAAGCAAUACCUAAAAUCAUUCCAUUGUUCAUGAGAAACAUCGCUAAAGAUAGAGUAGCAACAGAACUGAUCAAAUUGAUGCAUUCAGACUCUUCAUUUUUAGCUUUAGAAAAUUUAAUCAAUUCUGGAAUGUUGAAUCCUGUUUUUGAUCCAGAAUCAUUAUGGUCUUUAGACAAAGAAGAAACUCUGAAGAGAAUUCGUCGAGCACAUCAAAUAGAACCGAACUUAGAAGGAGAAAACAAAAUGAUUUUGUAUUUCGCAGCAAUUUUUCUUCCUUUAGUUGAUAAAGAUACAAUUCCUGAUCCAGCAAAGAAGAAUAAGUUUACAUCAGCUGUUCAUUAUGCAAUUGUUCGUGCAAUGAAGUUACAAAAUGUUUUGGCUGAUAACGUCAAAAAGAUUCAUCUCGGAUUUUCUUUGGUUGAAGCUAUUUACAAAGGAGAAUUGAAUAGAGUCACAGGAGGAAGGUUUGUUAUGAGUGUUGGACCUCUUUAUAAAUUAGUAAGACCUUUGCUGAUGGAUGAUGAAUUAUUAAAGUUUUAUGAUGAAAAAUUAAAUCCAUUUAUUGUUGCUGAAAAAUUAGAAAAAUCAUAUGAAAUGAAACAACUAAUGGAUGGAGUUUCUCUUGCCAAUAUAUAUGGAGUAAAGCCUGGCCCAGUUUUGAAGGAUUUAAUUGAGGAGAUGAUAAAUUGGCAACUAUCAAAUCCAAAUAGAUCAAGCGAUGAUUACAAAAAAUAUAUUUUAGAGAACAAAAAACAAAAAUAA